AUGGACUGUAACUGUGUUAGUGACCUGCUGCUCACGCCACCAGUCCCAACACUCUGGACACCAGGCAUCGCCUUCCCAGACUGGGCCUAUAAGCCAGAAUCAAGCCCAGGCUCCAGGCAGAUCCAGCUGUGGCACUUCAUCCUGGAGCUGCUGCAGAAGGAGGAAUAUCAGGGGGUGAUUGCCUGGCAGGGAGACUAUGGUGAAUUUGUGAUCAAAGACCCAGAUGAGGUGGCAAGACUGUGGGGCCUUCGGAAGUGCAAACCUCACAUGAACUACGACAAGCUCAGCCGAGCACUUAGGUACUACUACAAUAAACGCAUUUUGCACAAAACUAAAGGAAAGCGCUUCACCUACAAGUUCAACUUCAGUAAGGUGGUUCUGGUGAAUUACCCACUGCUGGACAUGGCCAGCUCUCCGUUCCUGUUGGCCCAGAACCACUUCAAUGGAGGAGCAGCAACACCGGACUGCAGCCCUGUCACCCCCGAGGCCCUUCAGUCUUUAUUCCCUCGUUUACCUGAAUCAGGUCGAGGGCCCUCUCUGUUUGAGCGCAGUGCAGGGGCCCCAGGGCCUGAUGGGGACAAGCUGAGACUGGACACUUUUUCUUUCCUCGGCUCAGGGGCUCCUUGUUACUCCAAACCUCCAUCCCUUUUGGGUCCUUACCCACGGAACCCCUCUUUUGACUACCCCUGGGGCUUCAACCCCUACCUCCCAGGGGCCUUUUCUCUGAACAACUGUCCCAAAUUGGCCCCAGGCUCCCUCUACUCUUCACAUUUCUAUCCCAACCCGCUCCAAUCCAGCCUGUCUCAGCUGUCACACCCCUUCUCUUCGCUCUUAUCCCCCGGAGACACGACCAGUGCAGAACGUGGUCAAACGGGAGGAACAAAUGGCUCUGCGGGUGGUCAGCCUCUCAGACUCUGCAUCCCACCGUACCCAGGGAACUUGCCACUGGGUCGGACUGAGCCGGGAAACGGGGGUACAGGUGUGGGCGACCGGGAAAGAGGGGAGACCAACAUUGGCAUAACAGGUGGAGGUCUUGGUUUGGGGUUAGGCCUAGGAUUGGGUUUGGGUGGAGUUGGAGUGGGAAGUGGAGGAGGAGGCCGUCAAAGCCCUUCUGAGCGGAGAAAGGGUGUGAAGCAGGAUCCGGAGUCUGACUCUGAGCUGGAGAUCACAGACCUGAGUGACUGCAGCUCGGAGAAUGAGAACGAGCCGGACUUCUCUCUGGGGAAGGAACCAGGGUUGGGUAGUCGCUCACACCUUCUAGAGGCCAAAACUGGGGGACUCGGGGGAGCUUUGCCCCCUCUCUCUUCUCUUCCUCCACCUGUGUCUCUGCAUCCCCUCAAAAGACUAGGACCCCUGACUCCUCCACCAUCAUCCCUACCUCCAUCCCUCUCUCCUUCCCUCACUAUGAUCGACCGGCACAGGGAAACAAAGACACUUAAACUUGCUAACAGUUAAUUUGUUCUGUUGUGUGAUUUUUGAUGUCUUGCAGGUUCUCUCUUUCUCUUUUUGUGUCUGUGUAUUCCUGCAUUUGUGAAAUAAUGCUGUAUAUUCCCAUUUCAUUUUUUUUCUUCUUUUCUGGAGUCCUCCGAAGCCAUUCUUUGCUCAUUCAGUUCCAAUAAUAGAACUUUCAAUUUCUGCUUUCUUCAAUUUCUGAUUUGCACAGUGGGAAUCUUGAUGCAGUUUUUGUCAUUCUGAGAGUAAAAGUGCAGCACAAAAAAAAUCAAAAUUCGAAUUUUCAUUCUCUCAUUUCUGGUAGGAAAUGAGAAAUUGUAUAGCCAAUACAGCACAGUAACGGAAUAUGCAUAUGUUUUAUCACACACUUUUUAGAUUGCACUGCAUUCUGGCCCUGCUGAAACAGGCA